CUUGUACAGAGCCAGCCAGUGGGUCUUCGAAUGAAGCUGUAAACUCGCCAGCAAUGCGAACUCCCGUUAUUUGGGGCCGCCCUCGACAUCCCACGAUCGUCUUGCACAGCCAGCGCUGCAGUACUAGCUGUGACUAGAGCCAAGGCUUGAACAUUCUCUAAGCCAAUCUUAGCCGCCUUAGCGUCGGCCGCUUGCGCCUUACUGAUGACGAGCCGCGGCAAGUCCGCGCGACCGAACCACCACCACCAUCACCAACAUCGCCUCGAUUCUGGCCCCAUCAAAGGGAGCCCCCGAGACCAAACUGCCACCUCCGUGCCCUCUGCGCCGUCAGUGCCCUCUGUGCCGUCAGUGCCGCCGAAGCAGAGCCUGCUACAGGAAUCGCCGUAUCACCGCAAGUCUGCUGUGACUCCCAGGCCAGCCUCUCAGCCGCCCUGGCAGUGGGAUUCGGGAGUCGAGUCGCCCGACUCUCCGCUUCACCCGCUAGCGGGAUCUCAGGAGAAUCUCUGCGGGGGCUUGACCGACGCGACUACUUCGGACUCUGAGACCCAUUUUCGCACCAUGUCGUCGGACGACAUCUCUCCAAUGUCGGCGCGCUCGUUGGGUGAAGUUUCGGGUGCGACAGGCGCUGGUUUGCGCGCAAAUCGUUUCCCGGUGAUGGCGUCGCAGCAUCUGCAGCAUGAAACCCGCUUCGAGCAGUCGCAGCAGAGUAGUUAUGGGUCUGCGGCAGAAACCCGACACGCCGCGUCGCGUCGCGUCAAAGGAGGCGGAUCCGCGAUUGACGCCGCCUCAGUAAACGCCUUCGGACCGCUGUGGGCCCCAGAAGUGGCGGGUUCGGACCGCGGAAGUGGCGGGAGCGGCAGAUACCGAGUACCGUUCCAAGAUAAUCUACAGACGGCCUUAGACCCGUGGGAAAUGGCGCAAGCUUGCGAUCUCUGGGCGGAAGCGUACGAGGGACCCAUUCCCGCAAUCCGCGCGCCGGCGCUCGGCGCGCGGGGGGCCAGUGGCGCGUCCCAUUUCGGUGAAACCGACGACGGGACUGCGUGGGCAAUCCCCGGCGACGACGACGACGGCGACGACGACGGCGGCGACGACGACGACGGCGACGACGGCGGCGACGACGACGACGGCUACGACGACGACGUCGACGACGACGGCGACGACGUUGGCGACGGCGCGUCGUCGCUCCCUCCGCUCGCUGCGCCUUCGCCAUUCGAGGGCGCGCUCAGACGCAGCGCGACGACGCCGGCGCUCGUGGAUCCCGCGAGGCGCUGCGGAGAUUUCGAACCCGCGGCGAUGGCCGCGGCUAGAAGAACGGCAACGGCUACUAACAGUGGCAGUGGUGGUGCCUACAGCGUCAGGCCCAUUCGCUCCUCCGCUGGACCCUUCGAUGCGCGCUUUGGCUGCGGUUCCAGGGGCGACAGCCCGUUGACGGCGCGUUUUGGCGGCGACGGCGGCGACGGCGGCAGCGGAGGCGGCGUGUCGGAUGCUCGUGUGGCGGAAGCGGCUUUUUAUGAUGUGGCGGAUGGGCCGUUUGUCGCAGAAGGAGCGUCGCCGCAGUGGGACGAUGUCGCGGUGGGGGUUUCGCAUGACGUCGCGGACGUCGCGCCGGAUGCGGAGGCAGCAGAGGACGAGGAGGAAGAGGAGGAGGGAGAAGACGUCAACGAGGAGGAGGAGGAGGACGAGGCAGAUCUGUGCUUGCUUCGAGCGAGGACGCUCCCGUUGCUUCACGUCGAGCGCACGGCGUCCGCUGGAAGGGCGGCGGGUCGUGAUCCUUCGGGGUCGAUGGGCGCUGGCGAUGCGGCUGACGACGAGGAGGACAAUGACGAUGAUCUGUAUCCUGAGCUACGGAUGUGUCACACAACGCGCGGCCGCAUCCAACGGCCCAUGGCGCCUCCGCCGUACGCUCGCGGCCCUGAGUCACAGGGGGUUAUCGGUGCGCAGUACCACGUGCAUCCUUCUUAUAAGGAGCACCGCUACUGUCCGCAGCCUCAGGUUGGUGCUCAGGUGGUGCAAUCGCAUCCUCUAUUCCUUGAGCAGGAGCAGCUGCCGUCGUACAGUCAGCAGAAUGACGCCAGGUGGCUGACGGAAGGGCAUCCGCAACAGCAGAGCGAGUUUUAUCAGCUGCAGCAGCAGCAGCAGCAACAACAACAAUGGCAGCACAAGCAGCAGCAGCAGCAGCAGCAGCAGCAGGAACAACUAUGGCAGCGUCAGCAACAGCAGCAGCAGCACCGCGGCCGGAGCCAUCGACGCACGUUCUCAGACUUCUCUGACGUCAUCAUGGCGUCAGCUCACACCGCCGCGCAGCCUUGUAAUCUACAGAGUCCCAUUGCCGCUGCGCCAACUUAUCGUGAAGCUUAUGUGCACGCAGCACCGGUUGUAGCGCCGGCUGUAGCGCUAGCAGCUGCCGAUGCAAGAUAUGGUGUGGAGAGGGGUCAAAGCGGGAGGUUUGCGGAGGCUGUAGCUGGCGGAGGAGUGGCAGGAGUAGAUGUAGCGGCCUGGAUACCGCCUCCCGGGGGAACAGCCGCCGCUCAGUCGCCACUGGGGGGGCAGCGUCCAGGAGCAGGAGGCUGGAUGCCCCCUCCCCCAGCAGACGCCGCCAGGCAACGCCUGCACCGCCGCACGGUCUCUGACCUCUCCGAUGUCUUCCCUGCUCCGGGUGCUGCCGUAGCUGUAGCCGCCGCUACAGCAGGGAGGUUUGGUGCUACACCCGGGGGGAACGCUGGGCACGCAGCAGCUGUAGGGCCGGCUGGGCGUGCUGCUGCUACAACCGGAUACAGCCAUUCUGGCAGCUUUCGCGGCAGCGGGGUGAUAGUGCAGUGCGGCAGGAGCAGCAGUGGCGGUAGUGCUGUGCCUGUGGUGGUGUAUGAAGGGGCUAACAGGGGAGGGGAGAGUUGGAAAUUGAUGGAGAGCGUCGGUGCCAGGCCAAACAUGGCUUCUGACGCUGCUGCUGCUGCUGCUGCUGCUGCUGCUGCUGCUGCUCGUGUCGGUGCUCCUCUCCCAAAGCAACAACAGCAGCAGCAGCAGCAGCAGCAGCAAGUGCCAAUGCCGGUUCCAUCCCUACAGCAGCAAGGCAGCAGGCGAAACAUGCCCAGCUUUGCACCUCAGAAGAGCUUCAGUGGCGGUGCUGCCAUUGGGCCUAAACCAAUGCUGGGGCAGCCUCAAGCGAGUAUGGAGAGGGCGAGGGGGAAGGGGCGAGGAGCAGGAGGAGGGGCAGCAACAGCAGCAACUGCGGCGGUGGCGGCAGUGGCAGCAGCAGCAGUAGCAGCAGCGGAAGGUAGCAGCAUUGCGAACGGCGGAGGAGGAAGGGGGAGCCUAGGGGCGUCUGGGCGCAAAAGCGCGAGUAAGAGGCUCAGCUCGCUUGCUUCUGUGGCAAGGGCGCUAGGCGCGUUUGAACAGCAGACGGAGAGAUGGAAGGAGCAGCAGGCGCUGGUAAAGGCUCAGGAAGAGGAGGAGGAGGCAGCAGCAGGUGGUGGUGCUCCCAAGACUCCGAGAGGUGUGUCUUUGAAUAGGGAUCCCACCAUGGUUCGGGCCAACAGCAGCAGCAGCAGCAACAACAGUGGCGGCCACAGCAGCAGCAGUUCCAUUCCUCCUAGAACACCCAAGACACCGUCAGCCGCAGCCCAAGGCUCUGGCGCUAAAUCUGCCUGGGCUCCCGCCGGUGCUGCUCCUGCUGCCGCUCCUGGUGCUGCUGGUGCUGCUGGUGCUGCUGGUGCUGCUGGUGCUGCUGGUGCUGCUGGUGCUGCUGGUGCUGGUGCUGGUGCUGCUGCUCCUGCUGUUUCUGGUGUUUCUGGUGCUGUUGCUGUCCCUGCUGCCCUUCUCUCGGCUCUUCAUUCUGCUGCCCCUGCCCCUGCCCCUGCACGCUCUAAUACUUUCUCCCGAGGAGCACCUUCCGGCCCUGUGCCGCCCAAAGCACCGCCCGCAUCGCAAUCAUUGAAAGGUCUCGCGGCACAGUCGUUCAAAGGAUCUCAGCCGUCCAGAGCGCCACAGCAGCAGCAGCAGCAGCAGCAACCGAAGACACCAACUGUCCAGCGAAGUUCAACAGGCAUGUGGGGAGGAAGGGUGGGAGGAGGGGGAGGAGGAAGUGGGGGAGUAGGAGGAGAAAGAGGAGGAGGAGCACGCGUGGCACCUGUCAGUCUGCCACCGUUAAAUCUUCAAGAGGAGGAGGAGGAGGAGCAGCAGCAGCAGCAUCAGCAGCAGCAGCAGAUGCCUCUUGGCAGGAGGGCCGUCGCUGCUUCCUCUACUGGACUCCCCCUGAGGGCUCCAACGACGCCUGGAGGGAGGCUUCAGCGGCGGAUGGAGGAGGAUGAGUCGGAGGGGGAGGGGGAGGGGGAGGGGGAGAGGGGGAGAGGAGGGGGUGGGGGAGAUGGUGGCAGGGCUGGUACUGCUGCUGGUAAGGGGUUGCUUGUAACGGCUCCAACGACCCCUGGAGGGAGGCUGCAGCGACGGUUGGAGGAGGAUGAUUCAGAAGGGGAGGGGGAGGGGGAAAGGGCAAAGGGGAGCGGAAGGGAUGGGGGUGGCGCGGGUAGAGGAGUGGCCAGUGGGAAGCAGCCUGCGCCUGGCGGGAGGCGGAGAGGGUCGUUCAACAGACGAAGGACGGAGAGCAAGGGCCGGAGCAUGGGGGAAAGGGAAGACUGGGGCGGGGAGGUGCUUUGUGGGGAGGGGCAACCAGGGGAGGCGAUGCUGGAAGGAGAAAGGGGGAGGGCUGUUACACCUGGGAGCGGCAGAAGGCUGCAAAGAAGCAUGGAUGAGGGGGAGGGGGAGGGGGAGGGGGAGGAGGGGAAGAAGGUUGGGGAGAGGCAGAUGGGGGAGGCUGCUUCUGGGGGAGGUGGUGAGAGUCGGCAAGGUCCUGCUCCUGGUAAGCCGGCGAGGAAAGGAGGAAAGCUGCAGAUAGGCCUGGAGAGCGACGAAGAGGGGGAGGAGGGGGAGGAGGAGGGUGGGAGGAGAAAAGAGGGGAGGGGUGUUCCAAGGAAAGAGGAGAUGAACAAGGAGCGAGGGGGAGAGGUUUCUCGUUCGGGCUCCGGUAGUCACGGGAGCAAGGAAGAGGGGAAGCUUGGGAAGAAAAGGGAGGGGGAUAUGAAUGGGGAAGAGGGGAAGAGGGGGGACCUGAGUGGGAAAAAGCCGAUCCAAUUUUCUAAUGAUGGUGGCGUUGACUGUAGCGGAGGCGAGUGUGACGGAGGUGGGGGUGGUAUGCAAGAGCACGAGGAGGGGAGCAACGGGGAAGAUCAGGCGGCUGCUGCUGCUGAUGCUGAUGCUGCUGCUGCUGGUGCUGCUGCUGGUGCUGCUGCUGCUACUGAUGUUGAUGGUGAUGUUGAUGAGAUGAAGACAGAUGUGGCUGGAAACCCGAACGGGGAGAAGGGCGAGGGCAGGAAGCCAAGCAGGCUGCAGAGGAGGAUUGACGAUGAUGAUAGCGAGGAGGAGGAGCAGCAGAGGGGAUCGGGCAGGAUGGGUGAGAGAGCACUGAGUCGAGCGACCAGGCCAAAGGGAGGGAGGAGGGAGCGGGAGCAGCCGGCCCGACGCACCAAGUCGUUUGUUGCGGGGGAAGGAGGUGGGGAUGGAACCGUGGAGGGCGAGAGGCAGGGGGAGAGGAGCGAAGGAGAGAAGAUGACAAAGAAAGGAAGCAAGGAUAUGGACAGGGAAAGGAGGUUUAAAGGGAGCGGGGAUAUGGAUAGAGAGAGGAGGAGUAAAGGGAGCAGCGAUAUGGAGCAGGAGAAGAGAGUGAAGGAGGAGGAGGAAGUGGAGGAGGAAGUGGAGGAGGAAGUGGAGGAGGAAGUGGAGGAGGAGCAGAAAGUGGAGGCGAUUCCCAAGGAGAGGAGCAGGGGGAGCAGGCGGCUGCAGCGAAGCCUAGAGGAUGACGAUGAGGAGGAGGAGCAUUGCGAGAAGGAUAAGAAGGCUGGUUACCAGGGUGAGGAGGGGAGGAGGAUUGGUGUGGAUGGUGCAGGAGGGAGUAGGAGAGGAAAGAGCGGAAGGAAGUCCAGUGGAGAGGGGAUUGGUAGUGGUAGGAGGGAGGUUGGGAGCGGUAGGAGGGAGGUUGGGAGCGGUAGGAGGGAGGUUGGUAGCGGUAGGGAGGGUGGGAGCAGUCGGAAAACUGGGUUGGGAGGAGUGGGGAGGGAUGAUGGUGGGAAGACGGAGGAUGAAGGUGAGAGGGAGGGGGAGAGGAAGAGGAGGGGGAGGGAUGACAAAGCAAUGGAAAAGGAGAAAGGGAAGGGGAAGGGGAGGGGCGGGAGCAAAGGCAGUGGGAGGCGGGAAACGGUGGAUUUUUCCGUUAAGGCAACGAGAUUUUUUGCCGAAAGCACGGAUAGCAAUGGGGACUCUCGUGCUGGUGGUGCUGCUGCUGGUGGUGCAUUGCCGUGCAAGUCCCCCAAAGGCAACCACGAGGGGUUGUCCUUUCUUGGAAGCUUGAAGAGCUUUCGAUUCGGCCCUGACGUGCGGGCCUUGUGGUCCCGAACCAAGACUCUGAACGAGAGGGAUGGGGAGGCGAGGAAGAAGAGGGAGGAGAGGAGUAGGAAGGAGGGUGAGGGAGAGGAGGAGGAGGAGGAGGAGGGGCAGGUGGUUGAAGGGAGGGGGGGCAGAGCGGAAGGGAAGCAGCAAGGGGAGGCUGGGCUCUCGUGGUCUCGAACCAAGACGAUGAAUGAGGGGGAUGGGCAGGCGAGGAAGAGGGAGGAGAGGAGGAGGAAGGGGAGCGGGGGAGAGGGGGAGCAUGAGGGGAGAAAGGGGGCAGAGGGAGUUGAGAUUGGGGCACCAUGGUCCCGCUCCAGGACCAUGAAUGAGAGAGAUGGGGAGGGGAGGAAGAGGGAGGAGAGGAGGCGGAGGAAGGGGAGUGGAAGUGGAGGGGAGGAGGGUGGGCUGAAUGCUUCUGGGAUGGAUGAAACGGGUGGGUUGAAACGCCCCAGUAAGGAUGCUACGGGCGUCCGAACGAUCUUGAUUGACAGAGGCAAUGAUGAGGAGAGGGAGGAGGAGAAGAGGGAAGAGCAAGAAGAGCAGGAGGAGCAGGAAGGGGAGAAAGGGGAGCGGGAUGCAAAUGUGAAUGCUCUAAGGGAACAGGAGCAGAAGGAGAAGCUGGAGUGGGUGGAGGGGGAGAAGCGGCUGCUGCAUCUGCACCUGCAGCAGCUGGAGGAGCAGCAGCGGCAGCUGGAAGCAGAGAUGGAGAGGCACAAGGCGCUGCUGGGGCUGGGGGCUGGGGAGUGAGAAGCAGGGAUGAAACUAAGGAAGGAAGGAGCAGCAGAGAGGGGGGGAGGUGCUCAAGGCAGCGAUGGGGAGGUGGAGGUGGGGGCGGGUGGCGGGUGGCGACAACCAGGGGCGGGUGACAGGCGCAUGGGGUGACAAGUACGUUACACAAGGCUUCGAGUUUUUUUGUGUCUUGCUUUUUCUGGCCGAUUCACCAUUGGUCAGCAGUGGAUUAGCGCCUCAUUUGGGGGCAACGUCUGUGUGCAUGCUAGGCUUGUUUCUGUAACACCAUGUUUUUUGCAAGAAAUUGAUUUUGUCUUGCUAUGAAUGUUAUGUUCUUUCAUUUAAUCAAGAAUGUAUGUUUACAGAUACCGUAAUCCCCCGUAUAUAACACCCGUCGGAAUAGUCACUCCAUGGGUGGUUAAUACGGGGGGGAGCUUAUGAUAUGGUGCAUUUUUUAGAGUA